AGACCUCCAAAGUCCCCUCAAACUCUGAUGAUGAUGAUGUUGAUGAUGAUAUUCCUAAGAAACUGAUGUUCACAAUGAAACUUAUCUAAAAUAAACAUUCCUAGGACUGAUCAUCCUGAAGUCACCUUUAAGGCUACUGAUACAUGACACUAAUUAUUAAGUCUGUUGUUAGAUUUUGGAGUGCGCAUCCUAUUUAUAAAUUAUUAUUAUUACAGAAAAAUUCCAGGUUGAGUUCCCCAACCUUUUCUGUGGCAACAAUAACUUUUCCAUCAUAGUUUUAUAAUGAAUCAGAAAGUCUAUUUCUAGAAUGAGUAGAAAAAGGAACAUCAUGUAGCUUCUUCAACCUUCCAAAGGGCAGAAAAUAGGUGAACCAAGAAAGAUCCAUAUACAAAGCUAAUAUAUCCAUUAACCUCAGUAGCCCAGAUAUUUCUCAGUUGGGUUAUGGUUUAGAUUAUUGAUAUUUUUUUCCCCUGGGAAUCAAUGCUGAUUGAAAAGGGAGCAAAAUAAUCUCUGGCACUUGUUUUCUGCCUCCUUAAACAAAAGAUUUCUACCAAGCAAAGCUUUCAUGAAGCUGGACAUCUGUCGCUCUUUAGACACUGUGUGUGUGAUCUGGCCAUUGAUAAGUAGUGACCUGUCAGCCUUGAUUGAUGUCACAAGCCUCUGGCCUCAACCCCUUCUGUGGGAAAAGGAGACCAGCUAAGCAAUUUCCUCAUUCACAUGCUAAUAUCCAGCUAUAAAUGCUAGCAGAGUGCAGCUCUCAUGACAGAGAAUGCUCCAGAAGACAACGGGAGAAGCCAGUUGCUAUAGGGCUUUCUCCUUUUUCUCCCCUAAGCCUUCAGGCAGGCCUGCAGGACUACAAUGACAGCUACAACCCUAGCCAGCUGUGGGCAGAAACUUUCUAAUACCAAAGAGGAAAGGAAGCUAAGAAAACCUUUGAUUGAAAGGAAACGAAGAGAGAGGAUUAACAAUUGUUUGGACCAGCUCAAGGAAACAGUUGUUGGAGCCUUUCGGCUUGAUUCAAAACUUGAAAAAGCAGAUAUCUUGGAAAUGACAGUAAAACAUCUACAGAAUAUCCAACACAGCAGAAAUAUAGCAGAUUCUAAAAUGGGUCUUGAAGCUCAGCAGAGGUACAGCACGGGAUAUAUUCAGUGCAUGCAUGAAGUCCACAACCUUCUCCUGACCUGUGACUGGAUGGACAAGACACUUGGAGCACGAUUAUUGAACCAUCUAUUGAAAUCCUUGCCCAAAUCCAGUGAGGAGACUUGCAAGGUGGACCUGAACUCUUCCACUCCAGUGAAUGGCAAGGGAAAUACAACAGGGUCUAGCCAAUCUCAGGAUCAGUUGUAUCCAGCUGAAGUCAAACUGGGAUUGAAAAAAUCAUUUCAGUCACAACCACCAUCUCGAUGUAAUCAGCAUGAGUUGCCACAUCCCAGGGAGAUUUUGCAACCUCAUUUUGCACAUAAUGGUGUUAACAUGAGGUCAUUGGAUAUGUGGAGACCAUGGUAAAGAUAUCUUGGGGGGAAAAUUGUUUCUAAUCUUAGACCCUCUUUUAUGUGUAUCUUAUAGAUAUGUCUCUUUAAAACACUUUUUGGAGCAAGUCUGCUCCUGUAAGUGUACUAAAGAUCAGGGUACUUCAAGCCGGAGGAAAUCUCUAUGUAGCCUGCAUUAUAGAAGGCUGCUAUUAUAUUGUAUUUAAUGAAUACAUCUAAAUUAUUUUACAGAAUCUUCUCUGGGGCUGCCUAGUAUACAGUAUAUGACUUAUAAUAUUCCUUUUCCUAUGCUAUUAAAAUUAACCAAGGAUUAAUAAAUAUAUUAAAAAAAUACAAGACACCCUCAUUUGUCUCUGGUUUAUAUGAUAAUUUUCUAAACUCUCCCUAACACAUACACUCUUCCUACCUGAGCCCAUAAUAUUAUGGAAAUAAACAGCAUAGCUUAUUUCUAUUAAUUCUGU